ACGAGCCACCGUAUAUAAGCCGCGGCGGCUACGCGGAUCUCUCAUUUGCGCUCAAAAACCAUCGGCGGACUACGCGGAAACAACUCUUGCAACUUUACGCACGCUGUUCAAGGUACCGGCAGAAGAAUAACAAUGAAGUGUUCGUCGGCAUACAGCAGUAUGUUCGUGUUUGUGUGCUCACUCGCCCUGCUCCUAGUUUCGGUGAAUGCCGCGCCAAUGGAACCGGACGAGGAACAAUCGGAAAAUGCGCUAGUCGCCCACGACAGUAACGACAUGGACGCGUCCGGAAUGUCCGGAGCGCCCUGGGACGCCAUCAACUCCGCCGCACUUCGCAAGUUGUUGCUCCAGCUGGAUGCCGAGGAAAGGUUGGGAAUGGGUCGCGUGGGGCGCUCCUGGCCGCAAGCGGAGCCCCGCGGCUGGAGCCGCUCGCUCGACGGCCGCCUGGUGCGGCCCUGGCGCGCCGACAAACGACAGGUCCGCUUCAGGCAGUGCUACUUCAACCCCAUCUCCUGCUUCCGCAAAUGAACGGACCAGCGACAACCAACGACUCGCUUCGACGCUCUAGUGUUACGGUUAAUGCUCAUUUCAACUGUUCCGGAUACGUCUCUCAUGUUAGGUUUUGUAUCGACUACUGUUAUACUAUUUAAAGAUCUUUUUAACUAUUUUAAAUUAGCCUUUUGCUUAUUUUACCUUAUAUUACCUUCAACCUUGGGUUUUGUGCAGAACGCGACGGCGCUUCCCGCUGCGUAGUUCAAGUCAGUUCAAAGAGCCUAAAACUUUGAUCUAGUCGUUAAAACCUCCAAACUUUUCGCAACUGGAAGCGCCUUUGCAUAAAGUACCGUUCUUUCUGCAGUCUAUAUGUAAACUUUUGAAAAAUAAUUGUAUCAUAAUAUUCUCAUUAUGAUGCAAAAUCCUGUUGUAGUUCUAGUCUAAGUGUAGGUCAUCUAUUAUUUUACUUGACUUUAAAAAUCUAGUCAUAUCUUUCCUUACUAGUUUAAUUUUCACGUUCAAUUGUAUGUAGAUAUAGCAAUACGAGAUGGCAUCACAGUAUGCGACUGAUUGGUUACUGUUAUGGUGUUCGUGUAAAUAAACUCUUACUUCGGUAAAGAUGAGUAAAAUGUCAAGAAAAGUAAUCUAAACACAAGGUUGCGCGUCUGGAUUAGAAGGCCGUAUGGCAACUUCUCAGUAUAUUGCUAAACUGUCAUAGCGAGGCUGGCUUCGUAACAUUUAAUAGGAUUGAGAUCAGAGUAGGUAUGGAUAUGUAUUCUAUAACACUUAAAAGACAUCUUGAAGAGGUCGCAACCUUGUAUAGAAUUACCAAUCUUCACAUUUAUUUAUUUUUGCUAUUGAAAAGCUAAAGCUUACUGAUCUAUGUAACUUUAAGUAUUAAUAAAGCCAAGGGCGUUAUUUAUUGUAAAUGUCAGAAAAUAGAGAAAAACAAUGCUAAAUAACGCAAGUCUUGUAAUAAUUAUCUUUAUCUUAAAGAAAAUAAAAUUCGUGACUUGCC